AAUCAUAUGUCUGUUCCGCGAGUAUGCUAUAUGAUAAUUGGAGUUUUUACACUAUUGUCAUAUACAUUUCUCUAUUGCGGUGCAGGAGAGAUUUUAGCGGGACAUUGCGAAGCAGUAUAUCGUGCUUUGUGUAAUCUUAAAUGGUAUAAAUUGGAACCACAAAAGGGAAAAAAUAUUAUUUUACUUUUGAUACGUGCUAAUGAACCAUUUCGUAUCACCGCGGGAAAAAUAUUUUCACUAAGAAUGACCACAUUUUGCAGUUUAUUAAAAACGUCGGCUGGUUACAUAUCAUUUUUACUAGCAAUGCGAGAUUGAUUUAUAAGAACUGUAUUGUAUUUUAUUUAUUCAUUCAAA